GUCCAUCGAGACAAAGCCUCUCACCAUGACCACCUACGUGAAAGCCAGUUGCCACUGCAAAUCCAACGUCUUCCAAAUUCCUUUCAAAACCAACAGCUUGCCCAAGUCUGGCGGGAUAUGCCAUUGCAACAUCUGUCGCCACUCCACGGGGCAAAUGGGGUACAUGGACGUGCGCGUCGACGGUGAACCCCUCUCCCUCGACUCGACCGAAUCAAACCCCAUCCCAGCCGACCUCUCCAACCUGACUGCGUACAAAUCCUCCUCCUACGCCAUCCGCUACUUCUGCUCCACCUGCUCCGCGCACAUGUUCUUCCGCACGAACGAGACGAGCGGGGACCCCCACUGGGCUGUCCUGCCCGGCGUACUCGAAAAGGUCGACGGCAUCGUCUCGAUCGACCAUCACAUCUUCCUCGGCGAUACCCUCGAUGGCGGGUUGGCUGAUCACUAUCAGCGUACCGGCGAUAAACGCAUCUCGAGGCACAAGACUUGGGAUAAAGAUCCCGCCAACGCUGGUGUGGGCGAGUUGCCUGUGGGGUGGAGGGACCCUUCGGCCAAGACGACAUCGAACGCGUCCCCUGAGACGCUGCCGUACUACUGUCACUGCAAGAGCGUGCAGUUCCACUUGACGCGCGCUACCAAGCCUAGUGACGAUCCGCGCGUGUACUGGCUCGUACCGGGAGAAGAGCCCACCGACCCGAUUCGGUUCAUCACCGCCCACUGUCUUUGCAACAGCUGUCGCUUGACUGGAGGUGGCCUGAUCCAGAGCUGGACGAUGGUACCCCCCGAGAACGUCAUCGAUCCUACGACGAACGCGCCCGUCCAACUCGCUGACCCGGCUAAACGCCUCAGAGGUCUCAAACAGUACAACUCGAGCCCCGGAAAGCACCGCGAGUUCUGUGGAACAUGCGGAGCAACCGUAUUCUGGUGGAAAGACAAGGACGAAAGCGACGAUUCCCCAGUUCCGAUGGACGUGUCAGUUGGGUUGGUGGACCAGGCUGCCGCGGGUGGCGCAAGGGCGGAGAGUUGGUUGGCGUGGUACGACCAACUCAUCCAUAAAGAGUUUGCUUUGAGCCAGGAGACUGUGAAGGCACUCGAACAAGGGUUGGCUGAUACUCUGAAGGAGCCAAGAGAUGACGACGACGCCUAA